AAUAUUCAUCCUCUUUCCAAAUUCAAUAACAAUUGUCUUUCCCUAGAUUCCAAAGCCAAACUUCUAUAAACACAAAGAUCCCAUCAUAAAAAUGGAAGACACCAAUAUGGCCAUAACCACCAGCAGAAGGUUUAUGAACACGCUCAAAACAAUACUAUUUGUUUUAAGGAAAGGAAUAUCAAAGGCAAAGGUUAUCGGCCGUCGCGACCUAAACAUAUUAAAAAAAUGUGGCAAAGUCGUACAAAGCCUUCUCUCGCUACAUAACCAUAUUCAUCAUCAUAACAUUCAGACGCCAAAAAUCGACGAAUUCGUCAAGAGGAAACAAACCGCUUCUCACCGAGGCUUCUUUAAGUGUGUCCACUCCCCAGUUACCCUUGAAGACAACUCUAUAACCUCGGCCAAAGCGGUUAGAAAGGCAAUAAUGGAAAUGGAAUCAUCUGCAGAAUCUUCACCUGAUUUCUUUUGGAGCCCGAUGGUUAUGAGUGAUUCACCUAUGUUACCAGGGUUUGGCAUGACGCCGAUGGUGAAGCAGCUGAGAAUAACUGAUUCUCCGUACCCAAUGAAUAUGGAUGCGGGUGAUCACAACCAUGUGGAUGAGGCGGCGGAGAAGUUCAUUGCAAAAUUUUAUGAAGCCCUGCGAAAACAGAUCGCUGAUUGAUGGAUGGAUCAUACGAAAAUCAGUGUAUAGCUAGGGUUUGUUUUGGUUGGUAGUUAGAACCGGCCUUGGAACAAUGGAGUGAAUAAAGUAGUAUGAAUAAAAAGGAGGACAUGUAAAUUGUAUAUAUAUAUAUAGGUUUAUGUGAAUGAGAAAAAUAUGUUUUGGUUUAAA